AUGGCCAGCGGAGAUCCGACACAUCGAGCCUUUAUUGCUCUUGGUAGCAACCUGGGAGACCGUGUAGCCAUGAUAGAAGAGGCCUGUCGAGAGAUGGAGGCACGGGGUAUCAGGGUCAAGAGGACAAGCUCCCUCUUUGAGACCGCCCCGAUGUAUGUGACGGACCAGGGAACCUUCCUUAACGGAGCAUGCGAAGUUGAAACAUCCAAGAGCCCAAUGGAAUUACUGGAUACGCUGCAGUCGAUAGAGAAUGACAUGGGAAGACUCAAGAUCAUCGAUAAAGGCCCUCGUAACAUAGACCUUGACAUCCUCCUAUACGACCGUCAGCCGUUCUCCAAUGAGCGUCUAAUAAUUCCUCAUAAACUCAUGCUUGAGCGGGAAUUUGUCUUGCGCCCUCUUUGCCAGUUAAUACCCAACGACUAUCCUCUAAAGGAGGGAAAGGAUAAAACAUAUACCUCGCACUUACAAGCUCUUCCUCCCUCCGACCAACCCCCUGUGGCAAUCAUACCAAUGGCUGCGGGUCUUCCCCAGAUCAACCCCACCCACCCCGGACGAAGCACUCUCUUAAUGGCAGUCCUCAACCUAACCCCGGACUCCUUUUCUGAUGGUGGAGCUCACUCACCAACAGAUCCAGUAGCCCUGCUUGAAACCGUCAAGACAUACAUAGAUGCUGGCGCAACUAUAAUCGAUGUAGGGGGCGAGAGCACCCGUCCCAACGCCGACCCCAUCACCGAAGCCGAAGAACUAGCCCGUGUCUUGCCAGCCAUAAAACUCAUCAGGUCCCUCCCCGAAGCUUCCAAGGUCGCCAUCAGCAUCGACACGUACCGUGCCACUGUAGCCGAAGCAGCCGUUAAUGCCGGUGCGGAUAUAAUAAACGAUAUAUCUGCCGGCCUAAUGGAUCCAAACAUGCUCUCUACCAUGGCCCGUCUCCAGAAAACCGUCAUGCUCUCCCAUACGCGCGGAACGCCAAAGACCAUGAAUGAGCUCACCAACUACCCCGAUGGUGUACUAGCUGGCAUCAAAGCGGAGUUAUCAGAACGUAUCCGUGCCGCUGAAGAAGCUGGUGUCAGGCGAUGGCGCAUCAUCGCUGACCCGGGCGUGGGCUUCGCCAAAACCCAAGACCAGAAUCUCACUAUUCUCAGGAACCUUGACCAGCUAAGGCAGGCAGAGGGACUGGAGUAUCUGCCUUGGCUGGUGGGUGCUAGUAGGAAAGGAUUUAUAGGCCGUAUCACAGGCGUCCAGAAAGCCGAUGAGCGCACAUGGGGUACCGCAGCUGCUGUCACGGCAGCAAUCGGCGGUGGAGCGGAUAUUGUACGUAUUCACGAUAUCAAGGAGAUGGCCCAGGUUACCCGUAUGGCCGAUGCGAUCUUCAGACGGGACUCGUGA